AUGGUCACGUCCAUACCAGUCGUCGUCAGAGACAUUGAUAAUAUUCAUCAGUGCCAAAAAUGAUUAAAUUUGUAAUUUUCUGUUUUCUGGGGUGCGUGGUUUUAGCUUCCGCGUUGCCAUUCUUCGAAGACGAUGGACAAGAAGGAAGAUAUUAUUUCACACCGAUCACCGGAAGUCGCCAGAAGAGGGAUCUUCUCCUCGGUAGUGGCAGUGCUAGUGGUGGCAGAAACGUCCAGGCUGGUUCUGAAUCAUAUUCCAACCCUCACGGUUCGCAGGUCGGAAGGAACCAGUUGCACAGCAAUGGACACGGACAGCUCACGCACGCAAAACCCGGAGCCACCGGCCGCAACGUUGCCAGUAUUCGCAAUUUGUGAUAGUUUAUUUAUUGCAAUUUUUGGUCAGAGGUUCGAAUCUAAAAUAAACGGUUAUCGACGUU